GCUCACUUUUCUCAAGUUCAUCCGUUAUAUUGGCGUUAGUUUUUAUGCAGUGUAGACUUUAAGGCGCACAAAAUUGUUGCUGCAAAAUGAACUAAAUGAAUACAAAUGAAAACUAGUGGAAAUUUGGAAAUGAUUAAUUUGAUUUUUUUUGUGAAUGCAGCAGGAAGAGCAUUACAACCACACGUUCAAAGUUAAACCUAUUCAAAGUUUUCAAUUUCUAGAUACUUCUGAAGGAACCAAUCGAACUCCAAGUGAAUCUAGAUGAAUUAAAUAAAGGAUUGCAAAACUAUGUUGAAGUUGGUUCAAAAGCAAAAGACGAAAUAACUUAAAUCCAGAUUGGGGUGAUGAAUUCGAGUUUGACUUAACUGAAGACGAAGUAAAAGUACAUUUUAUAUGUGUAUGGGACAAAACACAAUAAAGAAAGAUGUAUUCAUGGGUUACAAUUUUGUUACAUUUGAUGAUUGCAAGUCAAUGGUAGAGGCUGUUAAGACAGUCAAUAUUAUUGGUGGUUUAACAGGCCAAAUUACUGUAUCUCUUAAACCAGAGUUUGAAACAAGUGCAUCAAAAAUUGAACGGCUUUAUAAACAGAUCAUCGAGAUAAAAAUCAAACAUGUUCAAAUUGACAGUAAAAAUUUAAAUAAAGAUCUCAAAGAUCUUCAUGAAAAACUUUCAUCUGAAAAUGCUGAGUUAAUAAACCAAAACAAAGAAAAAUGCAAAGAACUUGAAAAGACUAUCGUACAAUCAAAUGAAUUGGAGAAGUUAACAAUCGAAUGUCAGACUCUCAGAGAGCAAUGCACAAAUCAGGCUUCAGAAAAUUCUCAGCUUAAUACUACAAUAGUUGAACUAAACGGACAAAUACAUAACUUUAGAAAUAUUUUUGAACAGUUACUUAUUGAAAAUCAAAAAUUAAUUAGAAUUAGAGACGGUUUUAAUAACUUAUACAUUUAAGGUUAUGUCUAAGUUUAAAUAACAUAUACAUUAUAAUUAUUAGUUAAAAUUAGUAAAAAUUAAUAAAAA